AUGUAUGAAGCUUCAAGCAGUCACCUCCUCACUCCUCUGAUCUUCCCUCUACACAGCCCUGGGCCCUUGGCCUUGAAAAUCGCUGGGCGGAUUGCAGAAUUCUUCCCUGAUGCAGUACUUAUUAUGUUGGAUAAUCAGAAACUGGUGCCUCAGCCUCAUGUGCCCCCAGUCAUCGUCCUGGAAAACCAUGGUCUCCGCUGGGUCCCCAAGGACAAGAACUUAGUGAUGUGGAGGGACUGGGAAGAGUCACGGCAGAUGGUGGGAGCACUAUUGGAGAGCCGGGCCCACCAGCACCUUGUGGACUUUGACUGCCACCUUGAUGACAUCCGGCAGGACUGGACCAACCAACAGCUCAACACCCAAAUCACCCAAUGGGUUGGUCCCACCAAUGGAAAUACCUGA